ACGUGCCUCAGCGCAGAGCUGCUGCUGCGUUGGGAUCGGUGACGCAGUUGGACGGGAUGUACACCUGAGCAGAUUAGCGCUUGACCUGCAGGAUUUGUUGCUGGAGACGCACCUGAUUCACGGGAAGCAGAAAGAAUGAUCUGGAUUUAAAUUUACAUUCCCGUGGUUCUUUUUCACACCCAUCUCUGUAACUUUUAGAUCAUGAUUUUUACGCAACUGAGGACGCAAAACUUUAAGAGAGAAGCUCUGUCGGAGUGACCAAAGGGGAGCCAUGGCAGGUUUUAUGCAUUGCAUUUUUCGGGGAGAGUUUUUUGGGCAUUUCUCAUCUGAGAUCUGAUGAUGUGCGAUAUUCCUGCUGCCAGCGGAAACGUGUAAUCCCUCCCAGAUUACGGCGCACUGAUGGAUUGCGUCCUGUCGUCCAGUCGGCUGGCACUAGGGCCUAGCCAAACGAAUCCAACCGGUAUGCCUGCAUCCUGACUGCUGAGGUGAAACCAUUCAGGGCAGGUCAUUCUGUAGGCACCUGCGUCCCCAUCGGUGCCAAAGACGAUGAGGAGAGCUGUACUCAAAGAAGCCGCCAAGCGAUUCCCCUGGCUGGCUAAUGUCACCUUGUACGGAUGCUUAUUCGCCGGCGGUGACCUAGUCCACCAACUCAUCGCUCAGAAGGAGCACAUAGACUGGAAACACACUCGCAAUGUCGCCAUCGUGGCAAUCAGCUUCCAGGGAAACUUUAACUACUUCUGGCUACGCGCCCUGGAGAGGCGCUUCCCUGGAAAGUCCGCCGGGAUGGUUUUCCGCAAACUGCUGCUGGACCAAAGCUUCGCGUCGCCUUUGGCCACCAGUGUCUUCUACACCGGGGUGAGCUUCUUGGAGGGAAAGGAGGACGUCUUUGAGGACUGGAGGGAGAAGUUCUUCAACACCUGGAAGACUGGACUCAUGUACUGGCCAUUCAUGCAGUUCCUCAACUUCGUCCUGAUGCCGUUGUACAUGCGGACUGCCUUCAUGGGCUGCUGCGCCUUCCUCUGGGCCACUUUCCUGUGCUUCUCACGGCAGAACGGCGAUGGCACGGCCGGCGUGGCUUUUGCGUUCGUCAUGGACCCACGUAAAACUCUGGAGGAGAUGCGUGAGGCCCGGCUGGCCCGGAAGAAGCAAAAGACCCAACGGGAAAACUAAAGUGAGGAGGAAGGAGUGGAAGAGGACGCCGCUUCAGUCAUUCAGGUGAGUGACAAAUUCAAGGAAAAGUCAAGUGCUGAACCAAAAUCUCCCACCUGUGGUCAGCUGGGUUGAGAUCAUGUGACUGUGAAGGCCAGAGCUAGUGAUGAAUGUCAUCUUCAUCCAAACACCCUGCCAGGCCCUAAAAAGCAGAGGGAAGUGUUUCUUCACAGGAUGAAGCAGAAGGAGGCAGCGAUCCUUCCCUCGCAGGUUUCCAUCACUGUACUGGUUUUUCUUUAAUUUGUCACUGUUCUGUAUUUUGCCAUCAGCCCAGAAACCUUACUGUGUUCACAUCACUUACCUGAGUUACACGAGGUUAGAUUUACAGAUUCUGAAAGACUUUUGGUUUGGUGUUAUCAGCUGAGAUCAUGUACCAAGUGAAAAACAGCCCUUCAGUGGAUUAACCUAGAAAUCCUGUUUUCCAUGUUUAGAACAUUAAACCUCAACGAAUGUUCAUUUAUUUUGCAAAGUGGUUUAUAAAAUUAUCACUGCGAUCUUACAGUGACUAGUUUACAGCCAGCUACGAUGACCUCGGCUGUUCUGUUGUUCCAUCACUUUGAUAUUUUCAGAACGAGGCCGAGUCUUUGUGCGUCCUUUUGACACGUGUUCACAGAGUAAACCUGACACCAAUAAACCGGUCAAACAGCUCUCUCCUGUUGUCUCGAGUGGAUGGGAUUAUUGUCCCGAUUCGAAUGAGAUGUGAUGGGAAAAUUGUGUCCCAGUUAAGCCGUGAACUGUGAGGCUGUUGGACUGUUGAGGCGUUCAACAGGUUCCCGGAGCAGAUAAAGACCACAGUUAGCGGCACUCUCAGAGACGGGGUGGAGUAAAUGUUGUUUCUACCCUCUUGAGACCCAGCCUGUUCAUUUAUGUCCUCUGUAAUGGAAAUUUCUUCUUGGUCUUUAUCUUUCGAGUUAUUUGAGCUACCCCACUAAGUACUGAUGUGCUAAAUAGAGGACAUUGUGGCCUUUCCAAUGAUAUUUCAUGUGUUUGGAUGAUCUUGUUUAGCUCCAAAAAGGCAGGAAAUCACAAAAAAAGUUAAUCAGGAAGAUCCUUUUUUCCUCAGUUCUCUCGUGGAUAUGCACCAAUUCUUCUAGAAUUUAUUGUCCAAUAAGAGGUUUGACUUUUUAUAUAAGUUAAAUGAAAAAUAGUUAAUACAUUCUGAUUAAUUUUUCUGUGUCUGUCUCAGAAUCAUCCUACAGUUAACUUUAAUAAUUUUCUGUAUUAUGGGUAAUCCCUGUUUAAAAGUAUAACUUUAAAGAGU